GGUCAGCUGAUCCGGCCCGACUGCGCCGUCAUCCCGGCUAUAAGCGCGCGACCUCCGCGGCUCCCCGACCGGAGCGGGCCCGCCGCCGCCAUGCAGCCCCCCCGCCUCCUGCUGCUCGUCCUCGGCCUCCUGGCCGCGCCCGCCGCCGCGCUCCUCAGAAUCCCCCUGCACAAGUUCACCUCCAUCCGCCGGACCAUGUCUGAAGUGGGGGGCCCGGUGGAAGAGCUGCUCGCCAAGGGCCCCAUUUCAAAGUACAGCCAGGGGGCCCCUGCCAUGGCGGGGGAGCCCGUUCCGGAGUACCUCAAGAACUACAUGGAUGCCCAGUACUACGGGGAGAUCGGCAUCGGGACCCCCCAGCAGUGCUUCAGCGUCGUCUUCGACACCGGCUCCUCCAACCUCUGGGUGCCGUCCAUCCGCUGCAAGCUUCUUGACUUCGCCUGCUGGGUCCACCGCAAGUACAACAGCGCCCGCUCCAGCACUUAUGUGGAGAACGGUACGGCCUUCAGCAUCCACUACGGCUCCGGCAGCCUCUCGGGGUACCUGAGCCAGGACACGGUGUCGGUGCCCUGUAACUCAGGUUCCUCAGCUGCGGGGGGCGUCAGGGUGGUGAAGCAGACCUUCGGGGAGGCCACCAAGCAGCCGGGCAUCAUCUUCCUCAUGGCGAAGUUUGACGGCAUCCUGGGCAUGGGCUACCCCUCCAUCGCCGUGGCCGGUGUCAUGCCCGUCUUCGACAACCUCAUGCGGCAGAAGCUGGUGGUCAACAACGUGUUCUCCUUCUACCUGAACAGGGACCCGACCGCGCAGCCGGGGGGUGAGCUGGUGCUGGGCGGCUUGGACUCCAAGUACUACACGGGCCCCGUAACUUAUCUCAAUGUCACCCGCAAGGCCUACUGGCAGAUCCACAUGGAUCGGGUAAACGUGGGCAAUGGGCUGACCCUGUGCAAGGGGGGCUGUGAGGCCAUCGUGGACACCGGCACAUCCCUCCUGGUGGGCCCGGUGGCCGAGGUCCGCGAGCUGCAGAAAGCCAUCGGGGCUGUGCCGCUGAUCCAGGGCGAGUACAUGCUGCCCUGUGAGAAGGUGCCCAGCCUGCCCCCCAUCACCCUGAUGUUGGGGAACAAGGCCUUCCAGCUCUCGGGGGAGGACUACACCCUGAAGGUGUCACAGGCUGGCAAGACUCUCUGCCUGAGCGGCUUCAUGGGCAUGGACAUCCCCCCACCCGGCGGGCCCCUCUGGAUCCUGGGCGACAUCUUCAUCGGCAAGUUCUACGCCGUGUUCGACCGCGACAGCAACCGGGUGGGCUUCGCCAAGGCCGCCAAGCUCUAGCACGGCCCCUCCAUCCACCGGCGGGGAGCCAUGGUGCCCAUGCAAGGCCCCCCGGUGCCCCCCACUCAGGCUCACGCCUCUGUUCCCCCUGCCCUGGGGCUCACAGGUGGCCCAGUGGGCUGAGCUGGGCUGGCCGUUUGUUCUGUGCCCCACUCCUCCCUUUUUUCAGAAAUGCUGUCUGUCUGUCUGUCUGUCUGAUGGAGAGGAACCCAGCACGAGUGGCUGGUCUGAGCCAGGGUACACAUCUGUUUCUCUAACUUGGAAGUCCCAGGUGGAUUUGGCAGCCGCUUGCUGAUCAGUUAGUGGCAUUGGGGCAGCCCCCGAGCCUGUUCCAGACUGUCCUUGCUCUGUCCCCUUCAGGAAUCCCGCUCCCUUCACAUCCCCGUCGGCCCCUCUGCCUCAGUUUGGGGCUUGGAGCUGGGCUCUGCUGCCCCUGUCUGUCUGUUUGUCCAGGGCCCCAUCAAGGAAGGGGCUAGCUGAGGCCUGAAGACGGCAGGAAGGGGCUGCAGGGAAUGGGAGGGCCGAGACCAGCCUUGGGGGGCUCAACCCUAUGCAGGAAGCGGGGCAGGGAGGGUCGGCGGGCCCCCCUCUGCUGCCCCCCUCGAGUGACUGUGAGCCAGAGAUGAGUGGGAAAUACAGUUGUCCGGGCCUCUC